GAGAACUUUAAAUUAUCCUCAUAAAUCUUACAUCUCCAACCUUUCCAGCAACUAUCUUUCUGUCGUAAAUUAUCUGCUUUUACUUUCGUGCUUGCUUCUCAUCAAAAUGUCCAAAGCUGUACAUGUACCUUUCUCUGAGCCACCAUGGCUCAUGGGACUUCCCUCAGCAUACUACAACGACUCGCACCGAAAAUGGCAAAAGACAUGCCGCUCCCUCGUCGACCAACUCCUCAUGCCCCAAGGCGGAGAAUGGGAACGAGCAGGCGACGUCCCAGAGGACCUCUUCUCCAAAUUCGCCUCAGCCAACUUCCUAAUCCCCAAUCUCUCGGCACCUCUACCCAUCACCUGGCUCAAAAAACUCGGAAUCCACUCCCUGCCCGGCGGUCUGGCCGUCGAAGACUUCGACUACCUGCACACACUCAUCUACGUCGACGAAGUAGCCCGCACCGGCUCCCUCGGCCCCGUCGGUGCCGUCACAGUCGGGUACGCAUUCGGCCUGCCUCCUAUCCUGAAGUUUGGAUCCCAGGACCUGCAAGAGAGGUUUGUGCCCGAUGUGAUCACGGGGAAGAAGAGGAUUUGCAUCGCGAUCACGGAACCGGGUGCCGGGAGCGACGUGAGUAACAUCGAGACGACGGCGAGGAGGAGUCCGGAUGGGAGGUUUUGGGUCGUGAAUGGGAGUAAGAAGUGGAUUACGAAUGGGCUUUGGAGUCAUUAUGCGUCGAUGGCUGUUAGGACUGGAGGACCGGGUCCCGGUGGGUUGUCGAUGCUUGUUGUUCCGCUGCUGGAUACGCCUGGUGUUAGUAUGCGGCGGAUCAAAGUUGGAGGGCAGACGGCUGCUGGUACGACGUUCAUUGAAUUGGAUGAGGUUAAAGUUCCGAUUGAGAAUUUGAUAGGGGAGGAGGGGCAGGGAAUGAGAUAUGUGAUGCAGAAUUUCAACCAUGAGCGGUUGACGAUUUCGAUUUCUGUUAAUAGGUUGGCGAGGGUGGCGAUUAGUUCGGCGUUUGAGUAUUGCUUGAAGAGAGAGGCGUUUGGGAAGAAGUUGAUGGAUCAACCGGUUGUAAGGCAUAGGUUGGCGAAGUGUGGGGCUGAGUUGGAGAGUCAUUGGGCUUGGACUGAGCAGUUUACUUAUUGUAUGACGAAGAUGAGUGAGGAGGAGGCGAAUAAAGAAUUGGGAGGUUUGACAGCUUUGGCAAAGGCACAGGCAGGUAAGGUACUAGAGGUUUGUGCUGCUACUGCUGUGUUGCUUUUUGGCGGGAACGGUUAUACGAAAUCGGGACAGGGAGAGAUUGCUGAGAGAAUCUACCGUGAAGUCCCAGGAGCACGCAUACCCGGAGGCAGCGAGGACGUGAUGCUCGAUCUCGCCAUCAGACAACUCGUCAAGAACUUCCAACGAAAAACGAAAGAGCUAGAAACAGAGAUGGAGCGACCGAAAGGAUCCUCGAAGCUAUAAUUUCGCAUUCUUCGGAGUCCUUUAGCAUCAUAAGAUUCU